UCCUAAAGUGUGUGGAUUCCAAAGCUUCCCUGGCAGUGUGAGGUUGAAGCUGCUCCGCACACAGGACGUUCAUUUCCCGGCGGCCAGAUCAUCUCAAGUUUGAAUCUAGAUUAUCUACAUUUGAAAGAUUGAAAGGUUUCACGUCAAGUCCUGCUUAUGUACUUCUGUUGCGUGAAUAGCUUGGGAUGCUGGAUAAAAAGUUCAGCUACUGAAGUUUAAAUUAGGAUCUUGGCCUUUUUAUUUUUGAAUAAAACACCAGGCUCUGUCCCCUCACACUAUUCUCUCUUGUCUGCUUUCCUUUACUAUUCUUGAAAUCACCAUGUCCACCAACAUGCACUCCCUUAGUCUUUGUCUACGGCUAAGUUUAUUAAUCUGUUCGUUCUUGGGCCUAAGUUUAGGAUUAGAGUUUAUGGGCCUGCCCAGUCAGUGGGCACGUUAUUUGCGUUGGGAUGCCAGCACUCGCAGCGAUCUUAGCUUCCAGCUCAGGACCAAUGUUUCUGCUGGUCUUCUGCUCUACUUUGAUGAUGGAGGCAUUUGUGACUUUCUCUGCCUUUCAUUGGCUGAUGGACAUGUUCAACUGCGUUUCAGCAUUGAUUGUGCAGAGAAUGCUAUUGUAAGUGACAAGAAAGUUAAUGAUGGUGGUUGGCACUUCCUAAUGGUAAGCCGGAACAGGCUGAGAACCACACUAGUUUUGGAUGGAGAAGCUAAGCCUGGAGAAGUCCGACCCCAAAGACAGCACAUGAAUAUUGUCAGCGACUUAUUUGUUGGAGGAGUUCCAGGUGAUAUGCGUCCUGGUGCUUUGACCCUUGGUUCUGUCAGGGAUAUGUCUGCAUUUUCUGGAUAUCUGCUUGAUAUUAAAUAUGGGAACACAGAGCCAAGGCUCCUGGGAAGUCAUGGAGCUCGUCUGGACCUAGAGGGGCUUUGCACAGAGAAUCCAUGUGAGAAUGGAGGAGCUUGCAUACUGUUAGAUGGAGAACCUACCUGUGAUUGUACAGCCACUGGAUAUGUGGGAAAAUUCUGCUCAGAAGAUGCUAAUGAUAUUCCAGGUCUGGCCCACUUGAUGAUUGAUGACCAAGGGAGAAGCAAAGGUACAAAUAGACAAGGAAACAUUUUAAGGGCUAAGGAGGAAAAUGUGGCUACAUUCCGUGGUUCCGAGUAUUUGUGCUACGACCUUUCUCAGAAUCCCAUCCAAAGCAGCAGCGAUGAGAUCACCUUGUCUUUCAAAACUCGACAAAGGAACGGGCUCAUCCUACACACCGGCAAGUCUGCAGACUAUGUCAACCUGGCACUUAAGGGAGGGGCUGUCUCCCUGGUCAUCAACUUGGGCUCUGGUGCCUUUGAAGCUCUUGUAGAACCAACCAAUGACAAGUUCAAUGACAACGAGUGGCAUGAGGUCAAGGUCACCCGGAAUUUACGCCAGGUUACAAUCUCGGUGGAUGGUAUUCUUACUACUACGGGUUAUACUCAAGAAGACUACACCAUGCUGGGAUCUGAUGACUUCUUCUAUGUAGGAGGUAGCCCAAGCACUGCAGACCUCCCAGGCUCUCCUGUCAGCAACAACUUCAUGGGGUGCCUAAAAGAGGUUGUCUACAAGAACAAUGAUAUCCGUCUGGAACUUUCCCGCUUGGCUCAUAUUGUAGACACAAAAAUGAAGAUAUAUGGAGACGUGGUAUUCAAGUGUGAGAAUGUAGCUACUCUUGAUCCUAUAAGCUUUGAAAGUCCAGAGGCCUAUAUCAGCCUACCUAAGUGGAACACUAAACGCAUGGGUUCCAUCUCCUUUGACUUCCGUACCACAGAACCCAAUGGCCUCAUCCUUUUCACCCAUGGGAAACCUCAAGAGAGAAAGGAUGUCAGGAGCCAAAAGAACACCAAGGUGGAUUUCUUUGCAGUUGAACUGCUGGAUGGACAUCUCUACCUCCUGUUGGACAUGGGCUCAGGAACCAUUAAGGUGAAAGCCACCAACAAAAAGGCCAAUGAUGGAGAGUGGUGCCAUGUUGAUAUCCAAAGGGACGGAAGAUCUGGCACUAUUUCCGUAAACACCAGGCGGACUCCAUUCACAGCCAGUGGGGAGAGUGAGAUUCUCGACUUGGAAGGGGAUAUGUAUUUAGGUGGUCUUCCUGAAAAUCGUGCAGGUCUCAUACUGCCCACUGAACUUUGGACUGCCAUGCUCAACUAUGGCUAUGUGGGUUGCAUCCGUGACCUCUUUAUUGAUGGUCGCAGUAAAAACAUUCGACAACUUGCUGAGGCACAGAAUGCAGCAGGUGUGAAAUUGUCAUGUUCUAAACUCAGCGGCAGACAGUGCGACAGCUAUCCCUGCAAAAACAAUGCUGAUUGUAGGGAUGGCUGGAACCGCUUUGUAUGUGACUGUACUGGCACUGGGCACUGGGGCAGAACCUGUGAAAGGGAGGCCUCUAUUUUGAGCUACGAUGGAGGCAUGUAUAUGAAGAUCAUCAUGCCAGUGGUCAUGCAUACUGAGGCAGAGGAUGUUUCCUUACGCUUCAAGUCCCAGAGAGCUUAUGGGCUAUUAGUAGCCACGACAUCCAGGGACUCUGCCGAUACGAUGCGACUGGAGCUUGAUGGUGGGAAGGUCAAGCUUAUGGUUAACUUAGACUGUAUCAGGAUAAACUGUAACUCCAGUAAGGGGCCAGAGAUUCUGUAUGCGGGGCAGAAGCUGAAUGAUAAUGAAUGGCACACUGUUCGUGUUGUCCGGAGAGGAAAAACCCUCAAAUUAACCGUGGAUGAUGAUGUUGCUGAAGGCACAAUGGUGGGCGAUCAUACUCGUCUGGAAUUCCACAACAUUGAAACUGGGUUCAUGACGGAGAAGCGUUUUGCUUCAGCUGUGCCUUCCAGCUUCAUUGGGCAUCUCCAAAGUCUUAUGUUCAAUGGUCUGCUAUACAUCGAUUUGUGCAAGAAUGGAGACAUUGAUUAUUGUGAAUUGAAGGCACGGUUUGGCAUGCGCUCUAUAAUAGCGGACCCUGUCAACUUCAAGACCAAGGCCAGCUAUCUGACAGUUUCCACUCUGCAAGCUUACACCUCAAUGCACCUCUUCUUUCAGUUCAAGACUAUCUCACCUGAUGGCUUCAUUCUUUUCAACAGCGGAGAUGGCAAUGACUUCAUUGCAGUGGAGCUGGUGAAGGGGUACAUCCACUACGUGUUUGAUCUUGGAAACGGCGCUAAUAUCAUUAAAGGCAACAGUGAAAGGCCUCUAAAUGACAAUCAGUGGCAUAAUGUAGUUAUCACAAGAGACAACAGCAAUACUCAUACUCUGAAAGUAGACACCAAAGCAGUUACACAAGUCAUUAAUGGUGCCAAAAAUCUGGACUUAAAAGGUGAACUGUACAUCGCAGGAAUAGCUCAAAGUAAACACAGCACUUUACCAAAACUUGUGGCAUCACGGGAUGGAUUUGAGGGCUGUUUAGCAUCGGUUGAUCUCAAUGGACGCCUCCCUGACCUGAUUGGUGAUGCCUUGCAACGCAUCGGGCAGAUAGAGCGUGGAUGUGAAGAUGCUUUGACCAAAGCUAAUCUACAAGGUCCCACCAAUACCUGUCAAGAGGAUUCCUGUGCAAAUCAGGGUGUCUGCAUGCAGCAAUGGGAGGGCUUUGCCUGCGACUGCUCCAUGACAUCCUACUCAGGGAAUUAUUGCAAUGAUCCUGGUGCUACAUAUAUUUUUGGGAAAAUUGGGGGUCUGAUUCUAUACACCUGGCCGCAUAACGACAGGCCUAGCACUCGAACAGAUCGCCUGGCUGUGGGCUUCAGCACGACGGUGAAAGAAGGCAUCCUUGUACGGAUUGAUAGUGCUCCAGGACUGAUGGACUACCUGCAGCUACACAUAGUGCAGGGCAAGAUUGGUGUAAUGUUUAACAUUGGUUCACAAGACAUCUCAAUACGGGAGGAGAGUACCCCAGUCAACGAUGGUAAAUACCACACAGUGAAGUACACACGAAAUGGAGGGAACGCUACUCUGCAAGUUGACAACUGGCCAGUCAAUGAACAUUACCCUGGAGGGAACACAGAGCUGCACCAGAAACCCAAACUGCCCUUUAAAAUAAAUCGUACUCCAGAAGAUGGGCAGCAAGACAAAGGGCUUAUUAUCUCAGGAAUGGAAGAUGGCAUAAGACUUCUGAAUCCUGAGUUCAAGAGAAUGGGAGCUGCAAUUCCAAAAGGCAUAAGCUGGUCACCAGUUGCCCCAUUCAAAAUGGACACAAAAACAAAUCUAAUGGGGCGACCACUCACCAUCUUCAACACUCAAGCACAGAUAGCAAUUGGAGGGAUGGACAGAGGGCGUCCAUUCCAGGGCCAGCUUUCUGGUCUUUAUUACAAUGGUCUCAAAGUGCUGCACAUGGCAGUAGAGUCCAAUCCUAAUAUAAAUAUCAGUGGCAGUGUGAUGCUUGUGCGAGUAGGUCCCUCCAUCCAUGGUACAACACCAACCACAUCUAUGCCUCCUGAGAUGUCUACAACCAUUAUGGAGACCACGACAACAUUGGCCACCACUACAACAAGGAAGAAUCGGUCCUCACCAGGGUCAACGCUCACAGACGAUAUAGGUUCAUCUGCAGAAUGUUUCAUCAGCAGUGACGAUGAAGAUGUGACUGAUUGUGAUACAGGCACAGGUACGUCAGGAGAUGAAUUAGUAAUUCCAGUCCUUGUAGAGGAUCCUUUAGAUAUUCCCUCUGUAGCUACACGUGCACCCUCCAUCACUCUCCCCCCUACCUUCCAACCACUUCUCACCAUAAUUGAGACCACCAAAGAUUCCCAGUCUGUAACCCCUGAAGAGGGGUUACCUUGCUUGUCGGACCAAGGCAGCGAUGGUUGUGAUGAUGAUGAUGGCUUGGUGAUAUCUGGGUAUGGCUCAGGGGAAACCUUUGACUCUAGCCUGCCCCCUACCGAUGAUGAAGAUUUUUACACCACCCUCUCCUUGGUAACAGAUAAGAGCCUUUCCACAUCAUUCUUCGAUGGUGGCUUCAAAUCACAGGCGCCCAAAUGGGGAUCAAAGGACUUUAAACCUAACAAAGUCUCCGAACCUGGUAGGACUUCUACCACAAGUUUGCCCCCUGAGCUGAAACGCUCCACGUCUUCUGGGAUGGUGCCCAUGGUGCCUGCUGGCAAAAUGAAUAACCAUGAGCUCAAACCCCAACCUGAUAUAGUCUUGCUAUCGUUACCCACUGCCUACGAGCUAGACAGCACCAAGCUCAGGAGUCCAUUAAUAACAUCCCCCAUGUUCCGUAAUGUGCCCACAGCAAAUCCCACGAUGCCGGGAAGCAGACGAGUCCCGGGGGCUUCUGAGGUGGUCCGGGAGUCUAGCAGCACGACGGGGAUGGUCGUUGGCAUUGUGGCAGCUGCCGCCCUCUGCAUCCUGAUCCUCCUAUAUGCCAUGUACAAGUACAGAAACAGAGAUGAGGGGUCCUACCAGGUGGAUGAGACGCGGAAUUACAUCACCAACUCUGCACAGAGCAAUGGAGCCCUGAUGAAGGAGAAGCAGCACAGCUCUAAGGGCAACCACAAUAAGCAGAAAAAUAAGGACAAGGAGUAUUAUGUGUAAAAAAUUUAUAUUUAAUAAUA